AUGAGUAGUAAAAAAAAGAAUAUAUCCAAAAACGAUGAUGGGUAUGAUGAUGUGGGAUGUUUCUGUGGGUGGAUUAAGAAAAAGAGUUCUAAAAAUGUUAAUAUCGAAUAGAGCAGAAUAUCCCUCCAUAAAUAGCAAAGAAACUCUCUAUAUAAAUCUGCUCUUGAUGUUAGCAAUCAUAAUGGUACAUCAUAAUUAAAUUAAUUGAAUUCAACCAACUCUGAAACAUAAACAAAGAACAGUGAUAUGUCCCCUUUUGUGAGCAGUUUUGCAAUCCCCAUUUUUGAGAACAAUUAUCCUUCAAAUUAGUUGUUCUAACUCAAAAAUAAUUAAAGUGGAGACUCAAUCUUUGCUAAAAUCACGUCUACCAAAAUAGAUGUACCUAAAUCUCUGGGUUUCAACUAGGACAUCUGCAAUGAUCCAAAAAUAUCAGAUCAGAUUUCCAAAUAUAUAGCCACUAGAAUUAAAGAUUAAAUUAAUUCAUUAGCUGAAUUUGGAUGUGGAGAUGGAGGGAACACAGUUCAAUUUGCUAAAUAUUUAGACUUUGUUAUCGCCAUUGAUAAAUCUACUGAGGCAUGUUUGAAAACUAGAAAAAAUUGUGAUCAAGAUACUUUAAAUAAAGAUUUUCCAAAUCCAAAAGUUGAAAUCAUUAAUUCUGAUAUUUUUAAAUUAAAAAGACGUUUACCUUUUGAUAGUAUUUUCAUUAACCCUACAAUCAAUACAGAAAAUGCUCAAAUUUGUAAAGAUUUAUUGAAAGAUUGUCAACCUAAUUUGUAACAAUUAUUAAUGAUGAUUUCUGAUUAGAUUGAGAACUUAAUUAUUUAAUUCCCUGCUUAAAUUGACUAUUCAUAAUUGCCUCUAUUACUUAAUAUUAAUCAAUAAUAUUAAAAUAACACUCAACAUAAAUAUUAAUCUUUGGUAUCAUAACACAAAUAACAACAAUCAUUCAUAGCUCAUUGUUCUCUGGAAAUUGAAAAAAUAUAUGUUAAUGGAAUUCACAUUUAAAAUAUUAUCUAUUAUGGUAAAAUUGCAAAUAUAACCAGAGAGGAAUUAAGAUCUAUAUUAAUUACACAAUUAUAAAAUUAAGAAGUUAAACCAGAAGCAAUCUAGAAUCUUAUAACAAAAUUAAAAGAUAAAAUAGGGAGUCUGGAAGUUGUAUAUGAAUUACUUAAUGCUUAGAGUUUUAAGUACAACAUAGACAAAUUUUUAGAAGUGGUUUGUGAUAAAUAUAAAUUAGAAUAUGGAGACUAUGCGUACAUUCUUUAUCAAAAGUUAUCCAAAGAAUUUUCAUAAAACACAUUCAACUAUCAUCAUAAUUUAAAAGAGUCAACCCAUGAAGUAUAGGAAUCUGAAUAUGCUUACAGUCCUAAAUUCUCUUAUAAUUUGAAUGGAUUACAAAUGGAUGACACAAAUUCAAUAGAUGAAAAUGAAGAUAUGGAAGCAUUGGGUUUAAGUUAGGAUGAUAAAAAAUCUAAAUUAAAAUGA